UAAACAGUGUCAACAUCAGCCACAGUAUGCAAUGAGAGAGGGAAGAAGAAGAGGAAGUUUAAAAAGAGAACUGUGGAUUUCUGUUAUUUCCAUUUUUUUCAAAUGGCUAUAAAGAAACUGACGAUUGUGUCUUUGUGUGCUUUUAUUUGAUUUUUCUGGGUGAUAAUGGAUUCUCCAUCACAAGACAGUGUACCUGGCUAUGAGACGAUGCCAACAGAGGGUGGAGGUGGAUUCCUUCCCCCUCCUACGUUGUCCGACCAACAACCUCAACCUGAAACUCAACCAUCAUGUCCAAACUGGGAUUUACCUGGCUAUGAGAAGAUGCUAAUAGAGGGUGGAGGUGGAUUCCUUCCCCCUCCUAUGUUGUUCGACCAACAACCUCAACCUGUACCUCCACCAUCAUUUCAAAACUGGGACUUCCCAUCUCUCAGCAAGGAUGAUGCUCAACAAGCCUUCAUCCAGUAUGCAUCAAAUAAACGCUGCUACAGCACGAAGCCAGCAGAGCAGGGAGUGAUCACCAAUAUGGAGUCCUUCGAUACAUACAGGUAUCGCCUGGUGACGUUUACUGAGACACGAACUACAGAGAGGAGUGAAAGGCCGCACUAUGGUGAGAAAAUAGACAACAGUGGACAAACCCCGCCCGGGCCGUGGGAGAUUCCAGUUAAUGUUCCCCCAUUUUUUCAGGAUGACAGUCACAUCGUUGAGAUUCCACACACAGCAUCUGUGAUGAGAUGCUCUCACUGUUCUGCUAGUGGAUACACAACCUGCGGUUCCUGUGGCGGGCUUGGAAGGAGAAUAUGCAGUGGGUGUGGUGGGCUUGGUACUGUCUAUUAUGGUCAAAACAGGCAGUUUUGCAUCGUCUGUGGUGGAAGUGGGAGGACAAUUUGUUACCUAUGCGGUGGCACAGGUGAGACCACAUGUGAUGUCUGCUCAGGCCAGAAAAUGGUCAUAGCCGCCCUCAACCUUGUUGUGAACUGGCAUAACGAUGUUGAAGAACACACUGUUGAACAAUCCAGUGGUUUAAAGAUGUCCAAACUGGACAAUGUGCCUGGAAGGGAGUUGUUCACAGACUCUAACUACAUGGUUUAUCCAGUCACAAACUUCCCUGACCCAACAGUGGUACAAGUCUCAGAAAGGCUACUGAGAGAGCACCAAGACAAGUAUUUGAAAUAUUCACGCAUUUUGCAGCAGCGUCAAACCAUUGAGCUGCUUCCUAUUACCAAGGUAACCUACCAAUGGAAGGGAGAGUCGUAUGUGUUCUUUGUGUACGGGAGAGAUUUCAAAGUCAGUGCUGUGGACUAUCCUGCUGCCUGCUGCGGCUGCUGCUGCCCAAUUAUGUGACUCAGCAUCACCUUGCCCAUGAUUUAUGAAUUUUUAAUGAUUUCAUCAGAACAUUACAGUAAGAUUAAAAAACUUACAUUAUAAUUUGGAAAAUUCUAAUGUAAAUGAUAUAAAUAAAUUGUUAUACUUUAGAUGGUAGUUGUCAUUAUUGCACUUAAUUCACUAACACAUAUGGAGAUAAUAUCUAAACCUUUUUUGAGUCAGAGUUUAUAAAUAUGAGGGUGAUGAAAUUCCAAUUGUGACUAGAAUUGAGACCCAAGAUAAGGAGGCUAAAUUGAUGUCAACACAGGAAUUACCUGUGCAGUAAUAACUGUAUGUGUUUUUGGAAGCUUUGGAGGCUUGGCUGCUGCAGCGGGUGUAACUCUGUCGACCCAUACGUACAUAUUGCCAAACGUUUCAGAACACCCCUCCGAAUCAUUGAAUUCAGGUGUUCCAAUUACUUCCAUGGCUACAGGUGUCUAAAAUCAGUGGAAGCGAUUGGGAACAGCAGAAACUCAGCCACAAAGUGGCAGGCCACAUAAAAACACAGAGAGGGGUCAGCGCAUGCUGAGGAGCACAGUGUGUAGAAGUCACCAACUUUCUGCGGAGUCAACAGCUACAGACCUCUAAACGUCGUGUGGCCUUCGGAUUAGCUCAAGAACAGUGCAUAUAGAGCUUCAUGGAAUGGGUUUCCAUGGCCGAGCAGCUGCAUCCAAGCCUGACAUCACCAAGUGCAAUGCAAAGCGUCAGAUGCAGUGGUGUAAAGCACGCCUCCACUGGACACUAGAGACGUGGAGAUGUGUUCUCUGGAGCGACGAAUCACGCUUCUCUGUCUGGCAAUCUGAUGGACAAGUCAGGGUUUGGCGGUUGCCAGGAGAACGGUACUUGCCUGACUGCACUGUGCCAAGUGUAAAGUUUGGUGGAGGGGGGGAUUAUGGUGUGGGGUUGUUUUCAGGGGUUGGGCUUGGUCCCUUAGUUCCAGUGAAAGGAACUGUUAAUGCUUCAUGCACACCAAGACAUUUUGUAAUUUCAUGCUCCCAACUGGAAACAGUUUGGGGAUGGCCCCUUCCUGUUCCAACAUGUCUGCGCACCAGUGCACAAAGCAAGGUCUAUAAAGACAUGGAUGAGCGAAUCUGGUGUGGAGAACUUGACUGGCCGGCACAGAGUCCUGACCUCAACCCAAUAAAACACCUCUGGGAUGAGUUAGAGCAGAGGAAAUAGAGCGGGUUGGCCGCUAAUAGGAAGGUUGGCGGCUCAAUCCCCGGCUCCCCCUGGUUGCAUGUGGUCAAAAAUUCCCAUGAACACACUCCUAAACCUUGUAGACAGCCUUCCCAGAAGAGUUGAAGCUGUUAUAGCUGCAGUGGCUGGGCCAACUCCAUAUUAAACUCUACAGAUUAAAAAUGGGAUGUCAUUAACCUUCAUGUGCACAUAAAGGCAGAUGUCCCAAAACUUUUGGCAAUAUAGUGUAGGCCUAUCUCAAAAAAACUAUGAUCAUGUAAAGCCAAAGUUAAUCUGAAUGUUCACUUGCAAAGAGGCAAAAAAAUAAUAAUUGUAGAAACAGAAAUUUAUCUCUAAUAAUUUUUGAAUAAAAUCUUAAAUCUUCUGUGUCACAUUUUAAUAUAAACUAACAAGGUCUGCAUUAUUGCACAGGCCACUUAAUGAUUGUCAGCGGUGAAAUAAACGCACGCUAUUUCAAAUGCUACAAAUAUGAAUGUAGCCUAAAUAUCUGCAGGCAGCACUAGAUGUGUGGUGCGAAGCCGUUUCACAAAUCGGCAUCAAGUGCUCGGCAUUUAGACGAUGAAGGGAAGCAGACAGGCAGACUCCAUUCAUCCUUGACGGAGAUGGACGGAUGUGGAACACUAACGGAAGGAUUAAUUAAUGGGCUCGAGACAAAAGACAUUUACAGUGUCAGUCCUUAAUGUUAUUAGUCUUUGAAAGGCCUGUGACUCAUCUACAAGCGGUUCUGAAUAAAAACUAAAUCACAGGAAAGCCAGGCUGCACGGAGAAAUAUGUAGGUAAUGAUAUUUAUAGCAGGCCCAAUGCUCUGAAUAUUAUGCAAUCAACGAAAGAUCAUUUUUAAGGAGCAUAAUUUCUUGUUUUCAUG